AUGCUAGAGCACAAAUAUGGAGGCCACCUGGUCUCUCGGAGGGCAGCCUGCACCAUCCAGACGGCCUUCCGCCAGUACCAGCUCAGCAAAAACUUUGAGAAGAUACGGAACUCGCUCCUGGAAAGCCGCAUGCCUCGGCGAAUUUCACUGAGGAAAGUCCGAGUCCAGAACUCUGAAAGUUUUUCUGCUGAGAAAGCCCUGGUCGAAGGAUACAACUUUGUUGGCAUCCCUUUGGUGAGAUCCCCAUCUUUGCCUGCCACAAUCAGUGGGGCACUGACUGAACUGGAGGACUCUUUCACUGAGCAAGUCCAGUCUUUGGCCAAAUCUAUCGACGAUGCCCUCAGCACAUGGAGCCUGAAGACGAUGUGUUCCCUUCAAGAUGGCAGCUCCUACCAGAUAAGAGAAACGUUUAGUACUAGCGCAGUGCAGCCAAACCAAGACUUGGAAGCUGAACUGAAGGAACAACAGAAGGAGGAAGGGUUGCUGCCAGAUACACUGCCCAAGAGCAGCAGCACCCUUAUGAUGGCCUUCCGUGAUGUCACUGUCCAGAUCGAUAACAAGAACAUCUCCGUCUCCUCAUCUACCUCGGUGUCUAUGGCAAAUUGCCUCACUAACAACACCCAGGCUGGGAUUUCUCAAUCUGCCAAAAUCGAAGAAAUCCCAGAGGAAGGAGGGACGAAGGGCAAAGAGCCUCCAGCUGCCCCAGAAAGGCAGCCUGAAUCUGCAGUCCUCCAGAACAGUCAUACCGUAGCUGAGGUGAAUGUCAACACCAACGGCUUGGGGGGAGGGGAGACGGAGACGGAGCAAAUGAUGAUGCAGAAGCUCCCGUUUGACUCGAGCAACGAGACAGGGCAGAGCAAGGGCUCGGAGGCCGAGAACGUAGACAAUUCAGAGCAGCUCAGCAGUAGCAGCACCUCCACCUCAGCCAAGUCUGCCUCUGAGUUGUCCUCAAAGGAAGCCCUGCAGGCCAUGAUCCUCAGCCUUCCACGGUACCACUGUGAGAACCCAGCCAGCUGCAAAUCUCCUACUCUUUCCACAGAUACCAUGAGGAAACGGCUGUACCGGAUUGGGUUAAACCUCUUCAACAUAAAUCCAGACAAGGGGAUCCAGUUCCUUAUCUCUCGGGGCUUCAUCCCAGACACACCUAUCGGAGUGGCACACUUCCUGCUCCAGCGCAAAGGUCUCAGCCGCCAGAUGAUCGGGGAGUUCCUGGGGAACAGCAAGAAGCAAUUCAAUCGGGAUGUCCUAGACUGCGUGGUGGAUGAGAUGGACUUCUCUGGCAUGGAACUUGAUGAAGCUUUGCGGAAAUUUCAGGCUCACAUCCGAGUGCAGGGAGAGGCCCAGAAGGUGGAACGGCUAAUUGAGGCUUUCAGUCAACGAUACUGCAUGUGUAACCCAGAUGUGGUCCAGCAGUUCCAUAACCCAGACACCAUUUUCAUCCUGGCCUUUGCCAUCAUCCUUCUCAACACAGAUAUGUACAGCCCUAACAUCAAACCCGACAGGAAGAUGAUGCUGGAGGAUUUUAUUCGGAACCUGAGAGGAGUGGAUGAUGGAGCUGAUAUCCCCCGGGACCUGGUGGUUGGUAUUUAUGAGAGGAUUCAGCAGAGAGAGCUCAAAUCCAACGAGGACCAUGUGACCUAUGUUACCAAAGUGGAAAAAUCUAUUGUUGGAAUGAAAACGGUCCUGUCGGUGCCCCACCGCCGUUUGGUUUGUUGCAGCCGCCUUUAUGAAGUGACGGACGUGAACAAAGUGCAGAAGCAAGCGGCUCACCAGAGGGAGGUCUUCCUCUUUAAUGACUUGCUAGUGGUGAAUUACCCCCAUGGCAUUACUUUGGUGACCCCAGUUUCAGGCUCUGAGAAGAAACAGGUACUCCAUUUCUGUGCUCUGGGUGCAGAGGAAAUGCAGAAAUUUGUGGAAGACCUAAAAGAGUCAAUAGCAGAGGUGAUGGAGCUAGAGCAGAUCCGCAUUGAAUGGGAGCUGGAGAAACAACACGGGGCAAAGAACCUUUCCUUAAGGAGCAAUGGAGCUCAGAUGGAAACACAAUCCAAGCAAGGAUCUCCAACAGCCAAAAGAGAUUUGGGGGAGAAGAUCCCAGACAGCACAGUGGAGGUUUUAAUCAAUGCCUCCCCAGCCAGACUGACAAUUUUACCAAUUUCCAGAGAUACAAUAAAAAGUUACUGCUAG